ACAGAGAUGCAGAUCUUUGUGAAGACCCUGACUGGCAAGACCAUCACCCUCAAGGUUGAGCCCAGUGACACCAUUGAGAAUGUCAAAGCUAAAGUCCAAGACAGGGAUUUUGUGGGCAAACAGCUGGAGGAUGGCUGCACUCUCUCAAACUACAAUAUUCAGAAAGAGUCCACCCUUCACUUGGUGCUUCCUCCGCAGGGUGGCAUCAUUGACCUCUCCCUCUGCCAACUUGCCCAGGAGUACAACUGCAACAAGACAAUCUGCCUCAAGUUUUGCGGCCACCUGCACCCCUGCACAAUCUAUUGCCACAAGAAGUGCGGCCACACCAACAACUUGAGGAGAAGGGUAAAUAAGGCCCCUCUACCACCUCCUCAGGCCCACAGGGCGGCCUUCUUCCUGAACCCCGUGGCCCUGGGGCCUCAAUAAAGUCUUCUUUUCCUUGACUGGAGAAGU